AUGGCUUUAACGACCUUUACAAGGCGGGCGGCACCGACUGUCAGUGUCAGUCAGCGUUGGGGCAACAUCAACAGCAGCAGCAGCGGCAGCAGCAGCGGCAGCAACUUUGCUUGCCACAAAGCUAAUCAAAAAGAGUUGCAGCAGCAGAAAGAGUCGCAGAUCAUUCCCGCCCAACGCCUAUUCACGUUGUUGCUGCUGCUGACGACAACGUUGCUGCAGGCGCGACGCAUCUCCAGUCGACGGCUCGUCAUCCACGUGCCCGUCAAAGUGAAGACGCAUCAUCACACGCACACCGUCUACAAGAUGUUGCACGGCUCGGGCGGUGGCGGUGGCAUCAAGCAGACUGUCUACAAGGUGGUGGGCUUUGAUGAAGGUAGUGCUGGCAAGGCACACGGCAGUCGCAGUUACGGUCACGGGCCCAGUCACAGUUACGGUCACAGUCACGGCAUGGAUCAUGGCGAGAUCACGUAUGAGGAUAAGCAUGGCUGUGAGAGUGGCAAGCUGAUGCCGUCACAUCGGGACAUGCUAUUCAAUCAUUAUGCUCGCCACGACCAGGAGGAAUCGGAGGCGACGGACUAUGCCGAGGAGCGGGAUGAGUUCAUUGAUGUGAGGGAUGCCUGGUUGUGAAUAAAGUCGUGUG